GACCCCUUUGAAGCAACACCCUCUGACAGCUACAAGAGGAUAUUUCACACAGAAUCGUUUUUCAGUCACAGAGUGAAUUCUGCAGUUAUGUCUGAAUGUGGAUAUCCUGCUGUGUAUGUGGUGGACACACACCUACCCGGGCCUCCACUGCCACCUAGGCUGAGCCAGGGGCAACGACGGCGUGCCAGCGCAGCGCAGACUGUGCUGAUCUUGCUGGUGAGCCUGGCGUUGUGCGGCAUGGCCAUAGAAGCCUGCUUCAUCUACAGUCUCUACCAUCAGAAAUCUGACACAUCACAAACAUCUUCUAAGAUCAUUGCAGAUCAAGUCAUUACUACUCCAACCAGAAGUCCCAGUCUUUUUGAUCCUCCUUCCAAACCGCUUGCACAUCUGACAGGUGGAGAUGAUGUACAACAUGGAAAUGAAAUCAUGGCAUGGAGUAAGAUUGCAGAUCCUCCCCUGUAUGAAAUGAAGUACGAAAACAAAAGUCUUAUCAUUCAGAAGGAGGGCUAUUACUAUAUCUAUUCCAAAGUGUCCUUCUCUCACACUGGGCUUUUUUAUCACUCUAUUAAUCGAGACACUCAACGAUACCCUGGAAAAAGUAUUCCCCUCCUGAUGUCCAGGACCUUAGAGAGGUCAAGCAAAAUGCAAUCCAACAGUUACCUGGGCGGAGUGUUUCAUCUCACAAAAGAUGAUGCCCUCUUUGUGAAAGUGAGCAAAACCGCAAACAUUGUGAAACACAAAUCCUUUGAGAACGUCUUCGGCGCUUAUAUGCUAUAAAUAUCACAUUGAUAUUUCCCCAUGAAUGCGAAAGUUUGGAAUAACAGUAAAUAAAAGUUGAAAUGAAGGUUAGAGAAUCUUACGGAUUCUUUUCGUAGAGAAAGAGAAGGUCCUUAACUAGAAAUACAGGCAGGUGUGAAAACCUCAUGGCUCUUGAGAGGUGAAACUCUUUAAUUAGUAUGUUUUCACUUUGUAACAAAGCUUUUCUUCUCAGGGAAUUUUUUUAUAUGCUCAUGCUUGUAUUUUUUAAACAUUUAUAUUUUCUAUAACUGUGAUAAAUUGUUCAGUCUUCCUGAUCUUCAUAUUGUCUCUCUGUAUAAACGUAUAUGUCAUGCUGCGCUCACAUGAGAUCCGGCAGAAGGUAGGCGGCACACUGACAAUAUUUUCUGGAUGGCACAGAAGUAACAAACAGUCUGACAGAAUAGCAGCACGGUAAAGUAAAACAUACAUGAUGAUGUGUUGCAAUAAAAAUAUCAGGUUGUUUAGAAAGGAUAAAAUGAAACAUUUUAAAAUAAAAAUAUUUUUAUAUAAUGUAAUAUAAUAUAAUAAUAUUUUCUAGUAAUGUUCCAUAAUUGUCUAGAUCGCCCGUGUUUUUCAGCUUGUAUGAUGUAGCAAUGUAUUAUUGAAGUGCAGCAAAAAGUUAAAAUAUUUUAACUUUAGGUGGCAAUAUUGACCAUUACCAUUGCUGGUCUUCUCUGCUGGUCUCACCUGUUUUACUGUCCUGCUCACGUUCACUAAAACAUUAUCCAGUCUCCCGUCCAUGGCUGCAUUCUGCCCCCAAUAAAACGCAGCAAAACAUUAUUUUAGGUGAUAGUGCAUUGAACCCUCUGUUGUGUUAUGCAAGUGCGCUGCCUUUUAGUAUGGUUGGAUUUAAUUAAAUUCAGUUCUUCUGGGAUUUAUUAGCAGGGGAAACAUGUUUAUAUUGCCAAAGCAAGUUCAAAAUGUAACCAAAAAGCUCAAGUACGCAAGUACAGUUCUACCAGACAUUUAUUUAUACACAAAUCACAAUGACUGGAUACCACUUCUGACACACCCAUUAAACGAGAUAAGACGUAGCUCAAAGCCCACAUCACAUUGUGUCAAAGAAACAACGUUAAACCAUAAACUUUAGCAAAACGUUGCACAUUUUGAGAUUGAACGUGCUUCAUGUGAACGCAGCAUCAUGUUUUUGCUUAAAUAAAAAAAACAUCAAAACCGUACACAUUUCUUUGUGCUGUAACACACACUGCACACUUUUUAUUUAUUAUUUCAUUUGCAGAAUUAUUCAUAUAAUUGCUUUAAUUUUACUGUAUUUAUGUACAAUAAUAUAUUCAAAAGAUUGAAAUAAACAGAUAACGAUUUCAAAGUCA